GAGCCCGUUCCUGCGGAUGUUCUCUUGCAGCACCUUCCUGCGGCUGCAGCCGCGCCUCCCGCCCGGUGCCCGCGCUCAGGGCGGGGGUUUCCUGUCGUGCCGACACCACGAGGCCGGGACAACACCCAACAGCCCCCGCAGCCCCCUGAGAGCCCCUCAGGACACCCUGGGCACGGUGCUGAGAGAAGGACCCCGGUACAAGGGCUCUGCAAAGCAUCGUCAGGCCCUCACUCUCCUCCUCCUCGUGUGUAAAGGCAUUUCCCUCAUUGGGCUACCCUCAUGUUCUCUCUCAGGGCACCAUGACCCCCUCCCCGGCCGUGCCCACACGGUGCCCGAGGGGUGGCAGCCCUGGCACCAGGUUUGUGUCACUUCUGCUUUCAGGGUGACACCAGCCCCGACGCAGCAGCUCCUCGGGGCCGCCGGUGGGGCCGGGCCGGGGGCUCCCACCGGGCACCGGAGACACGGCGAGGGCGAGAGGCCCCUCUUUGGGGCGCACCCCACCCCCUGCCACCCUCCCCGGUGGGUGCCCGCAGCCCCACUCUCAAUGACGUCCUUCCCCCGCCGCUCUCCGAAACCGCAGCCGCCCAUCUGCGCUCCUUCCCUUCCCCGCCCGGGAGGUGCAGGGGAGGGUGGCCCACGACACCCUACGGGUGCCGGUGCCAGGGCUGCCCUCGCCCCCCGUGCGGGGCCCUCGCCGGUGGAUCCCGUCACCGCUGCAGCUUCGGAUCCCGCGAUGUCCCCGGCACAGGUCCCGAUGGCGCCGGGCCGGGCUGUGCUGGUGCUGCUGGUGGUGCUGGUGGUGCUGGUGCUGAGCCCCCCGCAGGUGUGCGGGGCUGCGCUGGAGCCGGGGCCGGGGCAGCCCCGGGGCGGGCAGUGGCUCUGGGAGGCGGCCGGGCGGGCGCUGCCCCUCUCCCGCGGGAAGAGGGACGAUGGUGGGCAGGACCUCGGUGCCACCGCAGCCACACCGGGGCACAGCCACGCUGCCACCGCGCUGAUCAGCAGUGACCAGCCCGAGGGCGGCUCUGUGCCACCACCAGCACCCAGCACCAACGCCAGCCUGCUCCAGGUGCCAACCACAGCCCAUCCCGUGGAUGAGACUGAUUCCCCUGGUCCCGACCUGCUCCUGAGCUCUGCACCACCACCAGCAGUGCCUGGCAGCAACGUCAGCCUGCUCUGGGCACUCACAGUGUCAACCACAACUGAUCCCGUGGAUGAGACCGACUCCCCCAAUCCCGACCAGCUGCUGAGCUCUGCACCACCGUCCCCCAGCACCAACGCCAGCCUGAACCAGGCACUCACAGUGCCAGCCACAGCCACUCCCAUGGAUGAGACUGAUUCCCCUGAUCCCGACCUGCUGCUGGGGCCUGGCACGUCGGCUGCUCCCCAAAGGAGCAUCAGCACCACCCCCAGCUGGCUCACACCACCUGGCAAGGAGGGGACAGUGGCUGGUGGCACGGACAGCACCUCCUCCACAGGGCCACCCUCAACAGCCCCCCCAGCCCUCGGCCCCACCACCACGGGGUACAGGAAAGUCAAGAAAGCCGGAACUCCCCCUGCACCGACCCGUUCGGCCCCUGGGGACACGACACCGACGGGCACCGCGGUGCCCUGGGACCCCAGCGGGGUGAUGGGCAAGUGCCUGCUGGCCAUCCUGCUGCUGGGGCUGGUGGCCGCCACCUUCCUGGUGAGCACGGGGGUGCUGGGGGCGCUGCUGUGGCGGCGGGCGCGGACGGGGCACCGCCGGCUCAGCCGCACCGAGAUGGUUUGUAUCUCGUCCCUCUUGGCCGACGCCGAGGCGGCCGCGGGGCCCCGGCCUGUCCCCGCCCGGCGGCACAAGCGGCUGCACGACGGCAGCGCCGAGCCCGACGGGGACAACCUGACUCUCAGCAGCUUCCUGCCGGAGCAGUCCUGAGCCCCGGGAUGGGUCCUGCAUCCCACAGUGCUGGGGGACCGGCGGCAGUGCCAGGGGCAUGUGCCUGAUCCCCAGACGAGCCACAGGCAGGGGACUCCCGUCCCCUCGGGUUCAUGUUUUCGCUUGGACCGGCGUGAUGGAGCCGCUUCCCCCGCGGCGAGCUCAGCCCUCGAGGCUGAUCCCAUUAAAGUGUUACGCGGA